AUGAAUACAACAGGUGGUGGUGGUGGUAUUGGUGGUGGCAAUGGUGGUGGUUUGCCUACAGGACAACAGCAACAGCAACAGCAACAACAACAACAACAACAACAAACAACCAGUAGCAUUCUAGGUGCAAGUCGUAAUCUACAGAAUUCACUGAUCUCUCUGAUAAGAAUGUCUAAUAUGCCACGUGAUCUGACGGACCUACUGGCAACGUCGUUCGAUAACAGUGAAAUAAAUGAACUCUUGAACAGCUCCAUACUUACACCCAGCUUCUCGACGACACAACAUCAACAACAUAUGCUCAGUCAACAGACAAUCACUCGAGGUGUACUCGGUGACGUCACAUUUCUCAAGGAACACAAUCGCCCUGUGAAAUCAGUUGACUUCUCACCCACCGACGAUCAUCUCUUUGUUUCAGUCGGUAACGACGGAAAAUGUAACCUCUUUGAUGCCAGACUCGUAAAACUACUCUCUAGUACUCUCAUCACAUUCCAAGGUGCAACACAACUAACUGGAGUUAAAUUCAUAAGUGGAGGUAGUAGAUUAGCAAUGACGACAUCAACCAAUAAACUAUUGAUAUAUGAUAUAGAGAAGAGUUCAAUUAUACAAUCUGUUGAUAAAUGUGUUGUUGCAGGUUUGAAUAUAAGAUGUCCAAUAGCAGUGGAUCCAUCGAAUUCAAAUUAUAUAAUGUUACCGAAUUAUAUUGGAAGAGGUAUUUCACAUUUGGAUUUGAGAACAUCGACUAUAGCUAGCAAUAUGGAAGAGAUACACGAAUCACAGAUCAACGAUAUUCAGAUACUAGAUAGAGCAUGGGCCAGAGAGUUUGGCGUUGUAAAUAGUCAACCAGUAAUUCUAACAGGAUCGUCAGACAACUCUUGCAAAAUUACAGAUUCACAAAAACAUACAUUAAAGAAAAUAGAAUACAGAACACCUGUGUUGUCAUUUGUAAAUACACCAGAACCACCCAAUGCAAAUAGCUCUUGCUAUGCAGUGGGUACCGACAAACUAAAUAUCUAUUCGAUCGGUGGCAAUGAUCCGAUUUUCUCAUCGAUAUUGCCAGGCUGUCGACAUGUAAACAGACUCAGAUACACCAGAAACGGUAAUCAUUUGUUUUGCUCGACAAGCGACGGCAGUCUCAGAAUGUACAAAAGAAACAAUCUCAACUAUGAACUCAACGGUCUCGUUUUUAAACAUGCAAAAGAUAUACAAGAUUUUUCAAUUUCAAAAAAUGAUGAAUAUAUUAUUAGUGCAUCUGGUGAUAACAAUAUAGGUUUAAUAAGAAUUGGUGAUCCUACAGCAGGUGGAUCUGAAUGUGGGUCACUUUGUUAA